UAGCGGGACUGCGGUGGACAUUCUGACACUGGGAGGGGGGGGGGGAACUGACUUGGUGUCACUGACAUCCCCAGUGACAUCAAUAACGUGAUCAGUACUAAUAAAAAGCCCUGACACUGUACUAAUGGCACUGGGCAGGAAGGUGUUAACAUCUGGGGCGAUCAAAGGGUUAACUGUGUGCUGGGUGCAUUCACUAGCCAUACAAAGCAGUGUGCUGGAGCUGACCUGUUUACAUACAGGUCUCUCCCCUGUCAUCGAUGCUCGGCGAUCGCCAUGUGCAGGCGGAGAAUCACCGGCCGGGACCCAGGGAUUGACAGCUGAGGCC